AUGCCCAUAUCUGGGAAAUCAUCUCAAAAUCUCAUCGGAAGUGCACGAAAUCGUCAGAAAAGUAGUCAUUCGAGAAAACAAGUCGAAGGAGAAGUCUACGAAAUAGACUCUGUAAAACUGAAAAUUCUGGACGUUUUGGAAGCGUAUCCCACAUUGUAUUGGCGGCAAGAAGAAAAGAUACUCAUGGAAAAUAACACAGAGGUCUUGGCAUGGAUUUACCUAAUGCGGAAGUGGCGUCCAGAUAUAUACAAGACGGCUACGCCAAUGAUGUCUAACUAUUCCAGCAAAGGGUCGCAUGGUAGAGAAUAUGUUACAAGGUACAUUCGCGCAAAAGAUAUGCUGGACGAUCCGAACUAUAAUCUGCACGCUGAUAUUCAAGGCACUGAUCCAGCAGAUCCAACUACAAAAGCCGCGUCUAUCGCAAAAGCUAUUGAGGACGCAAAGGAUCGACCUCGACAAAGCACUGUAUGUGACUAAUUACAGCGAGAACUGCCAAAAUGACGGUGACUUGUGGUGAGGUGAUGGUCGCGAAGGAAAUACGGAUUUCUGUGGGUACAUAUGAUAAAGGAUCUAUUGCUU